AUGGGCACGGUGCCGUCGGCGCUGAAGCACUGCCUCAGCUACCAGCACCUCCUCAAGGAGCAGCCGUGGAUCGGGGAGCCGGUCCCCCCGCCGCAGCCCGGGCAGGAAUCCCAAACAUCUGGACUGCCUGAGUACAUAAAGAUUGUAGAAGUUGGGCCAAGGGACGGAUUACAAAAUGAAAAGGUGAUAGUCCCAACUGAUAUCAAAAUUGAGUUAAUCAACCGGCUUUCCAAAACAGGCCUUUCUGCAAUAGAAGUGACCAGUUUCGUUUCAUCCAAAUGGGUGCCUCAGAUGGCAGAUCAUAAAGAAGUAAUGAGAGGCAUUGAGCGACAUCCUGGAGUCCGAUAUCCUGUUCUCACGCCUAACCUUCAAGGUUUUCAUUCUGCUAUUGCAGCAGGAGCUACAGAAAUCUCAGUAUUUGGUGCAGCAUCUGAAUCUUUUAGCAAAAUGAAUAUUAAUUGUUCUAUUGAAGAAAGCAUAGAAAAAUUUGAAGAAGUUGUUAAAUCAGCAAGGAAUAUGAAUAUUCCAGUGCGUGGGUAUGUGUCUUGUGCAUUGGGAUGCCCAUAUGAAGGAAACAUCAUACCAGCUAAAGUGGCAGAAGUAUCGAAACGGCUGUACAGUAUGGGCUGUUAUGAAAUCUCUCUGGGGGAUACAAUUGGUGUGGGGACUCCUGGAAGUAUGAAAAGAAUGCUGGAAGCUGUUAUGAAAGAAAUUCCUCUGAGUGCUCUUGCUGUUCAUUGUCAUGACACAUAUGGCCAGGCAUUAGCCAAUAUCCUCACAGCCAUACAGAUGGGAGUUGCUGUAGUGGAUUCAUCUGUUGCAGGUUUGGGUGGCUGUCCCUAUGCAAAGGGUGCUACUGGAAAUGUGGCCACAGAGGAUGUGAUAUACAUGCUUAAUGGUUUGGGGAUCAAUACAGGAGUAAAUCUUUAUAGAGUGAUGGAGGCUGGAAACUUCAUCUGUACAGCUUUGAACAAGAAAACAAACUCAAAGGUUGCACAAGCUUCCUUCAAUAGUGGAACAAUCAAUUGAAUGGAUUUUCUUUGCAGAUUAAUUACAUUUGUCAUCUACCUUGACCAAGGACAUUUACAUCAAGAAAACAAACAUAAGAAAAUCAUUUCAGCAAAGAACUAAAACAGAACCUAGAUAUAACUUUUUGUUAUGGGAAGAGUUUCUGUACUGUAGCGUCUUGUCAAGAAUUGUCUGGUUUGUAAGGAUGAAAAAAAUGACUCAUACAGAACGCUAUGCUUGGUACUUCUACAGAUGAGAAGAAUGUAUAAACAUCAGGCCAUUUUACCAUUCUUUAACUUGCAUUUUAUUAUUUUUUUUUUAGGUAAACUGGUUAGAAGCAGUGAAUACAUAGUUAAUUUUUAAUCAAGAUUACUUUUAGAACAGUACAAAUAUUUGCAGUAGUUUAUGAGAUCCCACAUUGUGUGUGGCCAUUCUAUCAUGUGUUUUAUUUAUCUGAAUCUAUAUUUUUCAUUUGUCAAGUCAGUUUUGUAAUGACCAUGGAGCCAAAUCUGAAUGUACUGUAAGAAAUUUUUAGCUAUAACACUUUUGUUAUUUUGUUUCGUUUAACAUCUGCUAAGUAUAUGGAUGACUUUAUCUUGUUCCAAGACUUUGUGGUGAAUGGCAGCCUGCCAGAUCCUCCAAAUCUAAUGCAAAUUUCCUUAUUUGUUACAUAUGUUAAAUUUGUUGUAGUUGCCUUUUUUUUUCUGUCAACUGUAUUAAAACCUAAUUGUA